AUGCCAAGAGCCCCAAGAACUUACUCCAAGACUUACGCUACCCCAAAGAGACCUUACGAGUCUGCUCGUUUGGACGCUGAGUUGAAACUUGCCGGUGAAUACGGUUUGAAGAACAAGAAGGAAAUUUACAGAAUUUCUUUCCAAUUGUCUAAGAUCCGUCGUGCCGCCAGAGACUUGUUGACCAGAGAUGAAAAGGACCCAAGAAGAUUGUUCGAGGGUAAUGCCAUGAUCAGAAGAUUGGUGAGACUUGGUGUCUUGUCCGAGGACAAGAAGAAGUUGGAUUACGUCUUGGCUUUGAAGGUCGAAGAUUUCUUGGAGAGAAGAUUGCAAACUCAAGUCUACAAGUUGGGUUUGGCCAAGUCUGUCCACCACGCCAGAGUCUUGAUCUCCCAAAGACACAUUGCUGUUGGUAAGCAAUUGGUCAACAUCCCAUCUUUCAUGGUUAGAUUGGAAUCUGAGAAGCACGUCGACUUCGCCAGAACCUCUCCAUUCGGUGGUGCCAGACCAGGUAGAGUCGCCAGAAAGAACGCUGCCAGAAGAGCCGAGGCCGCUGGUAACGCUGAGGAAGACGCCGAGUAA